UCUUUCGAUAGGCAUUCUCGCUUGUAGUUACCUCUCUAGAUACUGCACGAACGUAGGCCGCGCCUGUGGGAGCGUCAGCGUCAGCGAUUGACAGUAGUCUGAUUUGGUUUGGUCCGAUGUCGCGUGUCUGUCAGUGUUGCACGUGCCAAUGACACUUUUGUAUGCAUUUGUAGAUAUUUUUUGCAUUUUGCCAUUAUCUUAUCAGAUUCGAUAAGAUGUUGAAUAAAACAGACGAAGCGUGCAAUAUUGAUUAAUAGUGAUUCCGAGAAGUACAUUUGACAAGCUCUAUAACAUUUUGCUAUGACAACGGUGAUGCAAGAUAGUAGUUCUACAUAUUUGAAGAUGAACAGCGCUUCAUACUUAGAAAAAAAGGAAAUAAUAUAAUUUUUAUAUGUAUAAAAUAUGCAGAAUUGGAGAUAUUGGAGAUUCCUACAUUUUGACUUCCAAAGUCAGAUAUAUGUAUAAUAUAUAUGUAAAAUGUACGGCCAUGGUCAUGUAUAGAUCAUCUGUAUAGCACGCCUGAAGUUAAAGCUAAAGCUAAUACUUGGAAUACUGAGGCAUCAAUUUUAAUAACUUAUUCAUAAGCUUUCACGUAACUUAAGCGUGCGGUAUAGUACAUUGUUUAAAGAUUUAAGUAUCGCCUAUUGAUAAACUGCUAAUUUUCUGGAAAGUUGAACGCAAAAAUGGCUAAUGGGUGGAAAAUAUUUGGCCUGUUGAUGUACAAGAAUCUGAUUGUACGUAAAAGGCACUGGCGCCUGACCAUAUUUCUACAAGCUUUUGUGCCUAUUGGAUUAUUCGCAUUGCUGCAAGCUAUGAGAGAUUUCAGUGUUAACCCACCAAUUGUAUACAAUGAGAGCAUACAUUAUGAUAUACAAAUGAAAGAAGAUUUAAUACGUAAUAAAAUCGAUAAUAGUAUAAAUCAGAUGUAUUAUGUACCAAAGAAUUCGUACACAGAACAAAUCAUGGAGAAUUAUACAAGAAAUUGUCUGUUGCUUCUACCUGAAAAUGUGAGAGGUUUCUCCAAUGAGGAUGAAAUGAUAGACGCUUAUAUAUAUACUCAGGCUAAACACGUGUUACUUUCUGUAGUGGCGAUUGUUUUCGAACGAUACAAUGAAAGCAAUAUACAAUACAAGAUUCGACAUUCCUGGAAAAUCCCGAAUGAUUUAUAUCAAGGAGUACUGGACGAACAGUUGAAGCUGUCGCCUUCGAUUUAUUUCGAUGUGCUUCCAAUCGUGCAAAUCCAAAUGUGCGUAGAUGAAGCACUCAUAAAUCAAACAGCUCCAGGUUCCAUGUCGAAUGUAAAGACGUCAAUACAAAGGAUGCCUUACCCGCCCCAUGUUAAAAUAGAUCCUGUUGACGUGGUGUUGCGUGAAGCAAUUUGUACAUUUGCAGUUAUAUCCUUUUUAAUACCACUUUGUGUAGAAGCUAAUUACGCGUCAAAGGAGAAGUUUAUCGGCGUAAACGUUCUAAUGGCGAUGAAUGGAGUGAAAUUGUUUUACAAUUUAUUAAGCUGGUUUAUUACAGGAAUAAUAUUCAGCUCUUUCUACGUAAUACCGUCAAUUAUUUUGUUCAAGAACACCUUUUCCUCAAAUGUAGAAGCCUAUCUACAAUACGGAAAUGGUUUUAUAUUCUGGAUUUUAUUCACCGGACAUGUUGCUCACCUUAUAGCUUUCGGCAUGCACAUUGCAGCUUACUUUUCCAGACCGCUUUUUGUGUCAACUGCCAUAUCCGUUAUAUACGUAGCAGCGGUAUCGCUUCAUGAAAAUUUAGACAGAGAGGAAGUUUACGGACUUAUAUCAUACUUUGGUAUAAUAUUUCCGAAUUUUCUGCUGUAUAGGUUCUUUGAUGAAACAAAUGCGUAUGAAGGCAAACUUAUUGGUAUUCAGUGGGACAAUCUUUUCAUGCCUGGAAAUUCGCUGUAUGGCAUUGUAGGGAGUCCAGGUUUUAUAUUUCUCUUCUCGAUCUUAGGUACUGUGAUACAUUUUACGCUUGCGGUGUACAUAAACGCCCUACUCCCUGGCAAAUACGGAGUCCGAAAGAGUCCACUAUAUUUUUUGAAGUGUAUGAAAAAGAAUAAAGUAGCUCUAGAUGAAGAUGUAAUCAACUUCGAUUACGAUAAGAUAGGUAAUGAAGAUUUUGAGCCUGUAUUAAACGGCGCCCUUACGCCUGGGAUACAAAUACGUGAUCUUAAAAAAUCUUAUACGACAUGCUGGAUACGGAGAUCCAAAGUUAAUGCGUUAAAAGGGAUUUCCGUCGACUUUUACAAGGGACAGAUUACUGCUCUGCUCGGACACAACGGAGCGGGCAAAACUACGCUUAUGUCUAUAUUAACAGGUGUGAUAAGCCAGUCGGAAGGAAAAGUAUUUAUAAACGGUAAAAACAUAAGAAAACACUUAAAUAUUAUUAGGAACGACAUGGGUCUGUGUCCUCAAGAAAACAUGGUUUUCCCCGAUUUAAAUGUAUUCGAACAAAUUGAAUUUUUCGGCCUGUUAAAAGCUGGAAACAAGACCAGGAAAGAAGUUAGAGAAGAUGUAAACGCUUUGCUUGAUAAACUGAAGCUUUCUGAGAAGAGGGAUACCCUUCCAAGCAAACUUUCCGGUGGCCAACAAAGGAGAUUGUGUCUCGGAAUGGCGCUGAUUGGCGAUGCCAGCAUCAUAAUUCUGGACGAACCAACGUCGGGAAUGGAUCCAGAAACCAGACGAGAUACAUGGGAUAUUCUAUUGAAACUCAGGGGAGAGAAGACAAUAAUGAUUAGUACGCAUAACAUGGAAGAAGCCGAUAUACUCGGCGACAGAAUCGCGAUAAUGCAUGGAGGUCGCCUUAGAAGUUACGGCACCGCGAUGUUCUUGAAAAAACAGUACGGUCACGGGCACAUAGAAGUUACAUUGUCCACGAAAUCUUGGUGCAUUCCAGAUAAGGUAGUAAGUAAGUUCGACUCGAGAACGCAACAGCUCUACGCCGACAGUGAGAAGAUUCUGCUAAAUGUACCGUACACCGACUCUCUACCGGAAUCGCUGGAUAAAGUGGAAAGCGAGAAGAAACAUUUGGGAGUGACUGGCAUAAGCGUGUCGUUGAUUACUUUGGAACAAGUUUUUCUCAAGGUAGUGAAGAAAGAGGACGAUGGCAAGCACCUUAAUGAAUUGUUCACAAUGCCAAUACAGAAAAUUACAGGUCACAAACUGUGCGUGCAAGCAGCAAUGGCAUUACUCUGCAAGAAGUUUACGUACACGAGAAAAAAUCUGUCUUAUUUACUGAUGAUUUUGCUUAUGCCUAUCCUGUCGGUAUUGCUAAUGGCACUGAGUUAUAAUCUGCCAAGCGAUAGUACAGACAUCGUUCCACUGGCGCUCGAUAUGUACAGCUAUUCUACAACUUUAUAUUCCUCGGACAACGAAGUAAUGGGCAAAAGAUAUGAGGAUACCGUUCGAUAUUAUGGCGAGACUGUAGAACGCGUAGCUCCAGACACAGGUGUCUCAAACGCUCUCUUGAACGUUUCGAUGAGGAAUAUCGCGGACUACCGUAACUACUACGUCGCGGCUGCCGAAUUUAAAAACAACGAAACCACGCUCUCGGCUAACGGCUUUUACUCUGGCAUAGCGAUUCACAGCGUGCCGCUGACGACGAAUCUUUUGAGCAACGCGUUGAUCAAGACUUUCGCCGGCGAGAAACACUCGAUUCUCGUAUCGCGGCAACAGUUACCGAACACGCUUAUGUCGAGUAAGAUCGAGAUGCCGGAAAUGGAGUCGCUCUCGCGCGUCUUGAUAUUUUGCUCCUUCUUCUUUCCCACCGUCGCGCUUUUCGUGAUACAUCCCCUGCAGGAAACGGCGACGAGGGUCAAGCAGCUUCAGCGUAUGAGCGGCGUCACGGCCGUGUCCUAUUGGGGCACGAUGUUCAUUUUUGAUUUCCUGGUAUAUACGGUAUCCGUGCUGCUGAUCACUCUGGCGUUAUACAUCAUGGACGUUAUCCUCGACAUUCGUCUAUACUAUAGAGUUGAGAUACUAUACACGAUAUUACUUCUGCUACUAUUUGGGAUCAACGCUCUCUUGUUAGCGUAUAUAUUCAGUUUUAUGAAUAAAUCAAGGAGUACGAUAAUAACUUUUUUGAGUCUUGCACCUCUUGGUAUCGUUUUAAUACAGUAUCUUUUACACCAAGUUGUGUACAGCUUAGAGAAUCUUAAAGCACUGCACAGUCUACAGAAAAGAUUAUUCCGUUUGAUUCCUUACGUAAGCUUAUUCCACGGUCAGUAUGCCUUUUUCGUCACAGCGGUGCAAAAUGCGAGGUGUCGCCGUUUACCAAAUAAACUGCACGAUAUAAUUUGCAUCGUCGAGAAGGAUCCUUGUUGCGGUUUGGAUUGUACGGAUGGAGUAUGCAAAAACCAAAUAUCUUACUUCAACGAUUUUAAAGACGAUAUGAAUUUCGAGGAGUGUAUAAUAUAUCUAAUCCUAACUCCAAUUUUGUACUUUACUAUACUGAUUAUGCUGGAGGAAAAGGUAUUCGCGAAGUUAGCAAUGAAAAUAACCGGUAAGAGAUUCAAGAGCGAAUGCGAUAUGAUGGACGACGAGGUGAAGAAAGAGAAGCUUAAAGUAGCGCAAGAAAUCAACGAGAUUAACAGUCAAGACGUAAGCACUGCGAAAAAGAGACUUAAAACCGCCAGUAAUAGUGAGUUGCUAUCGGAGAACGAUAAAAGUCUCUUCUUGGUGUAUGAACUGAGCAAAUAUUACGGCAAGCUGAUGGCAGUGAAAGAGAUCAGUUUCCGGGUGAAACCGCGGGAAUGUUUCGGACUGCUCGGCGUAAAUGGUGCUGGCAAGAGCACAUCCUUUAGAAUGCUAACCGGAGAAGAAAUAUCCAACAGCGGCAUAAUGUACCUGAAGCGAGCGGAGAUCCACUCGAACAGGACGAAGUACCUUUCCGAGAUGGGUUAUUGUCCACAAACUGAUGCCUUAAUACCUUCAUUGAAUACUUUCGACCAUUUACGACUGUUCGCGCGUCUUCGCGGUAUACCGAAGCCGAAUGUGGAGUUGGAAGUCAAUAAAUGGAUCAAUAGACUGAACUUGACGGCUUGCAUGUCGCAGCCAAGCAGUACUUACAGCGGCGGUAACAAAAGGCGCUUGAACAUUGCGAUAGCUCUCAUCGGUAAUCCGACUCUUGUUCUCCUGGACGAGCCCACGACUGGCGUCGAUCCUGCGGCCAGGAGAUCGCUCUGGAAUACUCUGCAGUCGUGCCAGGCAGCUGGACAAGCCAUUAUUCUUACGUCUCACAGUAUGGAAGAGUGCGAGGCGCUCUGCAAUAGACUGGUCAUUAUGGUGAAGGGCCAAUUGGUCUGCAUCGGUGCGAGUCAGGAGCUGAAACAACGAUUCGGGGCAGGCUACGAUAUCCACAUAAAAUUAAAUCCGGCCCGAUCGGACGAAGAUGUCCACAAAAUUAAGAGCGUCAUGGACUCUAGCCUAACGUGCGACAUUAGGGACGAAAAUUUGGGUUUUCUCGGCUAUCACGUGACCGAUGCCAACACGAAAUGGGAGAAAAUGUACAGUACAAUGAAGAACUUGAAGCAGAAAUAUAGCUGCAUCGAGGAUUAUGCCGUUUUGUCCGCAACGUUAGAACAACUCUUUAUUCAGUUUGCGAGAGGAGUUGAAAUACUGCAGCCCAUAAAGUCUCCAAUUCAUGCUAUUAGUCCACAAGUAGUAUAAAUCGAACGUAUUACAAGUUGCUAUAAAUUAUUCUACCAACUAGACUGACAUCGAAUUAAUAUCGAUUUAAAUUAUAAGUUUCCUUACGAUUGUAUAAGUCUUAAAAUAUUAAAUAUAAUUGAUUACAUCGUAAUCCCAUUUAUCGUAAUGAAAUAACGAUCAGUUUUAUUUUUAAUUCUAUGUCAGUCAAAUAAUUUUUAUUUUAAAAGUUUAAAAAAGAAUUCUAUUUAAAUUAUACAUAUAAAUUGUAGUUACAUGAAAAUGUUUCAUUACGUGUUUUUUAUGUUACUAGACUGUUUUAUCUACGUAAGUCUAAUAAAGAGUAUUACAGUUUUUAAAAAGUA